AAAAAAAAAGAAAAAACAAAACCCUCGUCGCUGCUCUCCCCGACUCCCCGUCCUCCUCCCCUGCGACGACGGCGGCGGCGGCGGCGGUGGCGUGGCGGCUCUUUGUCAAAAUUUAUGCUUGUGCAGGGUAAUUUAUCCUAUUCGCAAAACUGGUACAUCAGGAGAAAUAACCAAGUGAACGUGAUAGUAGUAUACCACUGGUAGUGCACCACGGCAAAGCGAGGUGUCCUGAUUCCUGAACAGCAGGAUGCGGUUUGCGGUGACAAAAGUAUGUGGUGGUGGGGCAAAGGCACGGGCAGGCAUGCUCCAGAUUGCUGGCAGUAACAUUGAAACACCAGCGCUACUUCUGUCCACACGCAAGGGGCUUCCAGCAUUUGUGUCCCGUGAUCUCCUUGCAUCCCUCUCUCUCCCUGACUCUCUCCUUCUCCAUGUGUGCCCUACCCAUUUUAUGGAAGGCCCUCCAUCAAAAACAAUAUCAAAUAUUGGUGGUUUGCAUCAUAUGUUGGGUCUUCCUGAUCAUAUCCUCAUAGCCGCAGCUGGUGAUUCUAUUGAGAGUUUACCAACAAGUGAAGCAAGCAAUAAAUUUGGUGCUUCCUUUGAGACACCAGCUGGCCGAAGACUGGUUAAACCAUCAGAUUAUAUGGAAUUGAUUUCCUGCAUGAAGCCUAAUUUGUGGGCAAGUUUGGCAGAUGAGGUUCCAGCUUGGGUUACUGAGAAACGAAAUAAAGUCUCUGUUGAGCGCACAUUACGCUGGCUUGAUGCAUGUAUUGCUUUGGAUGAGGAUUCUGGUGCAAAUACUUUAGGUGUAGUUGUGGGUGGAUCUAGUAUAGAACUACGGAAGCUAUGUGCCACUGAAGUGUCAAAGAGGAAUGUGUCAGGUUUUUGGAUAGGAGGGUUGGGCUUUGGAGACAGUCCUGAAGAACGUUGCAGUAUACUCGAUGCUGCAGUGGGUUGCUUGCCUCCGGAGAAACCUCGAGUUGUCUCUAGGCUUGGUCUUCCAGAGGAGGUUUUGGAGGGUGUAGCUGCUGGUAUCGACCUCUUUGACUCUACGUACAUUUACCAGCUUACUAUGGGUGGUUUCGCACUGAUCUUCCCCAUUGACAUGGUUGGAGAAAAGAUGCAGAAUGGUUCACUCAACAGUAGUGAUGGAGAUUUUACAAAGAUUAAUCUGCGUGCAACGACAUAUCGGAAAGACACGUCAAGGAUAGUUGAUAGCUGUAGCUGUUUCACAUGCCAGAACCACACUCGUGCUUACCUUAAUCAUUUGCUCAAUGUCCAUGAGAUGCUGGCUCAGAUUCUACUGGAGAUACACAAUACACAUCAUUACCUUUGCUUUUUCCGGUUGAUACGAGACACGAUCAAAACCGGACAGUUUGAUCGCUUUCGGCAGCAGUUUGUUCAGGACAGGCGUGCUUAUCUUGCAGCUGCUGUGAUCUAACAAGGAUUAACUUCUCCCUAGAUGUACACUGUUAGACCUCUUGAGGCUUGCAUCAAACUAAAUUGAGAAAGCUGCAAGUUAGAUUCAUUCAAAUCCACAAUCCCUCUCUUCGAAAAUCCAAGUGACUGAACAACUUUUUGCAAAUCCCUGGAAAGAAAGAAGAAAGGAACAAAUAGAUAGUGCUAGAUGGCUGAAUUAUUAACUUGCCUUUGGAUGAAUUUUCAGAAAUUUUCGGGUUCAUUAGUCAGUUUGUGUGCUAACUGUUCAUGUUA